CUAUGAUCUACGUUCUAUGUCUGAGAUUCUAACCUAAGACUAGUUCAUGUGGUAUUUGUGAGUUAUUUUAGAAUCCCGAAGAAGUGGCAUUGUUUUUGAUUUCUUACAGAUUCAAGACAUCAAAUCGUCUAUUUCUUUGAUUAUAAAAAUUAGAAUUGAUUACAUUCUUAUAAAUCAAAAACGUAAGCUAUAAUGACGACAACCAUGAAAAUUUGCAUCGCUUUGGAAGCAUCAAAUACUGAUAAGAAGAAAAAUACAUACAAAUUCAAAUGGAUCCAAACUACGGGAACAGAAAAAACAUAUUAUGAAAUACCAGAGGACAAACAGGAUAUAUCUGACCAUCAUGAACUUUUGGCUCUACCGAAGGUGAAGAAUAUCUUGAAAUCGAUUAAAGCAAGAGGUACAUUUCGUACGAGCGUCAUUUCAUUAACCCCGGAGUUGAAAGAAAUAUAUUUUGAUGCCGAAGAAGAUGUGAUGUUUAAGGAUGAAUAUUUACAACUGAUUUAUUCACCCGCAUACGUGAGAACAGUAUUUGGACAAGAAUCAUCAGAACCACAGGAUACGGUAGAACUUCCAAGAAAAAGCAAGGAGAAUAAAAAGGAUUUCAAGAAGAUAAAGGAGGAUUUUGUGCUCAAUAAUUUUGAUGGUAAGAGUGUUUCAGUUAAUUUAUGGUUAGAAAAAUUCGAGACGGAAUGCACGCGUUGUGAAGUAGAAGAAGAUAGAGACAAAAUUUUGAUUUUACGGUUGUUUAUGGAUGGAAUAGCGAAAGAAUGGUUUGAUUCUAAAUUAAUUAGAUUAGGUUUAGACAAAAGUUUUCAAAUAUGGAAAGAAAAUUGCUUAGAGAGUUUUUGUGAAACGAGUUGGCAUAAAUAUAGAGAGGCGUAUUCAUUUAGGUAUAUAGGAGGAAGUUUAGUGGACUAUGCUUUUAGGAAAGAAAAUUUGUUGUUAAAUCUACGAAAUAAUUUUCCAACUGACAUAUUAAUUGAUUUAAUUGUCACGAGUUUGCCAGAUAUCUUACAAGAUAGAAUUAAUCGAUCAACAGUAACAACUUUCGAGAAAUUAUUGGGUGAAUUGCGAAAGCUAGAAAGUUCAAAAAAAUAUGAUAACGGUCGAAAUAAAGAUAAUCAUAGAAUGACUAAAUCUGCCGAACAAAUUCCUUCCUAUUCACAAACAAAUAGAAAACCAAAUAAGAAGGAACCAUGCUCAAUUUGUGAGAAGAAGGGCUUCUCAGGUAGAUUUCACCUAGAAACAGUCUGUCGGCUAAGGAAUAAAUCCAAUAAUGUCGAACAAAAGAACAUACCUGGAAACAUAAGAACGGUAAACAAUGUUGGGAUACAGGAUGAAUUAAAUGAGGCCAUUUCAAACCAAAAAAACUAAGACUGUUGCCAUUGAUAAAAUUGAAGGUGUUUAUAAAUAAUAAUGAAUUAUGUAGAAUUUAUGAUUCGGGCUCAAAUGUUAGUCUUCUGAGAAUUCCAAAGUAGCAGAAAAGUUAUGUCUACAUAUUCAAGAGAAUAGAAACACAUUCAAAACAGUCAAUGGCAGGGCAAAUUUUUCAGGAAAAAUAAUUACAAAAAUGAGAAUGGAUAAUAUCGAAAAAGAAGUUGUACUUUUUGUGGUUAAUGAGAAAAAUUUCGAGUAUGAUAUUCUACUCGGACUAGAUUCUAUUUCCAAUUUUCAAUUAAAACAAGAUUUUGAUUUGAAUAUUUAUCAAAGAUUAGAUAUGAAUGAAGAGAGAAAGAUCGAUUAUCUCAAUAAUAAUAAUAAUAAUGAUUACACCAUCAAUUUCAAUGAAGGGAUACCAACAGAACUUUUCGAAGCAAAAUUAGACCAUUUGGAAACAAAUCAGAGAAGUAAAAUUGAAGUUUUAAUAAAUAAAUAUGACCAUUUUUUUGCAAAACACAAGUUUGAUAAUGGUCAGGUGCAAAAUAAUGAGGCACAUAUAAAACUUUUAGAACACAAAUUUAUAGCAAAAAAACCGUACAGAUGCUCAAUGGAGGAUCAAAAAGAGAUAGAAUUCCAAAUAGGAAGAUUGUUGAAAGCGAAUCUGAUUGAGGAGUCCUCCUCACCUUUUGCAUCACCAGUCACUUUAGCAUAUAAGAGAGAUGAAGGGUCUAAAACCAGAUUGUGUGUCGAUUUUCGUGAACUCAAUAAAUUAAUUGUUCCCGAACCACAGCCUUUCCCAUUAAUUGAUGAAAUCUUAGCCAAGACCCGAAAUGCAAAAUUCUUUACAACAUUAGAUGUAAAUUCUGCCUUUUGGUCGAUUCCUAUUCGCAUCAAAGAUAGAUAUAAGACUGCUUUUGUGACACAGAAUGGUCACUGGCAAUGGAAAUGUUUACCCUUCGGACUUAAAACAUCCCCGGCCAUAUUUCAACGUAUAUUGAAUAAUAUUAUCAGAAAAUAUAACCUGAAUUUAUUCUGCCUAAA